AUGUUUCAUACAAUUCAACGACAAUUUAAAUUAUUUCUUCUAAUCACAUGUUAUUGUUUCAAUUUCAUAAUUGGAAGUCCUGAUCAACUUCGUUUAUUAAAACAUUUAUUACCUAAUAAUCGAUACAAACCAAUUGCACGACCUGUUCAAAAUGACUCUCACACAUUACUUGUCACUAUAAAUUUGUCUUUACAACAAAUCAUUAAUUUUGAUGGAAAGAAUGAAGCUAUUGUUAUUAGUGGCUGGAUGACUAUCAUGUGGAAUGAUUAUAGUUUAAGAUGGAAACCAGAAGAGUUUGGUAAUAUUCAAACACUACGAAUACCAAGUACACAAAUUUGGAUACCAGAUAUUUUUCUAUAUAACACUGCCGAUGAAAAGUUUGAUACUAGAGCGAAAGUCAAUGCCGUUGUACAAUAUGAUGGUAAUAUACUAUAUGUCCCGCCAGUAUCAUUCAAAUCAAAUUGUCCAUUUAAUAUUGCCUCAUUUCCAUUUGUAAGUAUCAAAAAAAAAAAUAUGUCAAUCAUAUCGUACUUUUUUCUUGAAUAUUUGUCUUUUUUUUCGGAUACACAAUAUUGUAUUCUAAAAUUUGGAUCUUGGACAUAUGAUGAUGAUGGAGUCAAUCUGACAGUUGAAAGUAGCAAAGGUCAAUUAGAUGCAUAUGUCAAAAGUGCCGAAUGGGAUCUAGAAGAUUUUUCUGCAACAAAUAAUGUCACCAAAUACGAUUGUUGUCCAAAUAUGUAUCCAUAUGUAUUAUACACUAUCCGAAUGCGUCGACGUUCUCUUUAUUACUUUACAAGUAUCGUUGUACCUUGUUUUCUUAUCAGUUGUAUGACACCACUUGGAUUUUUAUUAUCACCUGAUAGUGGUGAAAAAUUAACCUUACAUAUUACAACUCUUCUAACUGUUGUUAUGUUCAGUUUACUUCUAUCAGAAAUUCUACCACCAAGUUCAAAUGCUAUACCAAUUAUUACCGUUUAUUUCAUGUGUAUUAUGAUUAUGUCAGCGGUUUCAGUUGUUGCAUCAGUAUUAGUAUUAUCACUUCAUUUACGAAAUUCAAGUAAUUAUACAAUGCCAUCAUGGGUUCGUAACUAUAUUUGUAAUUAUUUGGCGUGGCUGUUACGUAUGAAGCGUCCUAAUCAUGAUUUGAGUUGGCGUGCGAUUCGUCAUAGAUGGACUUUCUCAAAACAAGAAUCGAAUAAUAUAAAUGGAUCGAUCGAUAAUCAUCAUCAUUCUAAGAUUUCUUCUGAACCAUUGUUGAAUAAUACAUUCGAAUUGUUAUCAACCAAUGUUAUAAAUGUCGACAAAGAAACUUUAGAAUUCGCUGUAUCUUCAGCAACAGAAAUUCAUGGUUCUCGUCAUCAUCAAAAUACAUCUAAUGAAUUGUACACAUGUAAUAUGGAAAUGAUUCGUUCUGAGUUACGGAUUAUUAUUUCUCAACUUGCUAUUCUUAUUAAUUAUUUUCAACAGAAAGAGAAAGAUGCUAAUGAAUCUCAAGAUUGGCAAUUUGUGGCAAUGGUUAUCGAUCGUCUUUGUCUAGUGAUUUUUACUGUAAUCAUGCUCCUUUUUACUGCACUUACUUUUCUGAACGUUUAA